AGUGGUACAUCCAUCAGAGUUUACCACACUGCUCGAAACAAUUUCGGUUGUUUCCGAAUUAAAAUAUCAAUUUAUUUGAUUUUGGUUUCACCCGCAGCAGCCAGUGUCUUUGGUCUCUUACCGCUUCUCCGCUUCUCCGCCCGACACGACGCCGUUUCACUCUCCCCGUCUUCCUCUUCCUCAUCUUCUUCACUCACACUCCACGCAUCAAUUCCCAAACCCAACACCCCUCUCUGCAACUACUCUGGUGCUUCCGCGCCACGGAGCCCCAAUUCCGAUCCCGAUCGAGCCAGCGAAAGCGCGAAAAUGGAGCAAUUGAAGACGAUCGGGCGCGAGCUCGCGAUGGGAUCCCAAGGCGGGUUCGGGCAAUCGAAGGAGUUUCUGGAGCUGGUGAAAUCCAUCGGCGAGGCGCGAUCGAAGGCGGAGGAGGACCGCAUCGUGGUGCGCGAGAUAGAGACCCUCAAACGACGCAUCGUCGAGCCCGACAUCCCGAAACGCAAGAUGAAGGAGUACAUCAUCCGCCUCCUCUACGUGGAGAUGCUCGGCCACGACGCGUCGUUCGGCUACAUCCACGCCGUCAAGAUGACCCACGACGACAACCUCCUCUCGAAACGCACCGGCUACUUGGCCCUCACCCUCUUCCUCAACGACGACCACGACCUCAUCAUCCUUAUCGUCAACACCAUCCAGAAGGACCUCAAGUCCGACAACUACCUCGUCGUUUGCGCCGCGCUCAACGCCGUUUGCAGGCUCAUCAACGAGGAGACCAUCCCCGCCGUUCUGCCUUCCGUCGUUGACCUUCUCGCCCACCCCAAGGACGCCGUUAGGAAGAAGGCCGUCAUGGCGCUCCACCGCUUCCACCUCAAGUCCUCUUCCUCCGUUUCGCAUUUGGUUUCGAACUUCCGCAAGAAGUUGUGCGAUAACGACCCCGGCGUCAUGGGCGCCACUUUGUGCCCUUUGUUCGACCUCAUCGCGCUUGAUCCCAGCUCUUAUAAGGACCUUGUCGUUAGCUUCGUCAGCAUUCUUAAACAAGUCGCCGAACACCGCUUGCCUAAGAGCUAUGACUAUCACCAGAUGCCCGCGCCGUUCAUUCAGAUUAAGUUGCUGAAAAUACUCGCCGUGUUGGGGAGUGGGGACAAGCAGGCUAGUGAGCACAUGUAUACUGUAAUUGGUGAAAUAAUUAGGAAGGGCGAUUCGUCAAGUAAUAUAGGGAAUGCUAUUCUUUAUGAGUGCAUAUGCUGUGUCUCUUCCAUAUAUCCCAAUCAUAAGUUGUUAGAAGCGGCUGCAGAUGUCAAUGCGAAAUUUUUGAAGAGUGACAGUCAUAAUCUCAAGUACAUGGGAAUUGAUGCACUUGGUCGGCUGAUAAAGAUAACUCCACAUGUUGCAGAACAGCAUCAACUGGCUGUUAUUGACUGCUUAGAGGACCCUGAUGAUACUCUGAAGCGAAAAACUUUUGAACUACUCUACAAAAUGACCAAGUCCUCUAAUGUGGAAGUUAUUGUUGACAGAAUGAUUGAUUACAUGAUUAGCAUAAGCGAUGAUCAUUAUAAAACCUAUAUAGCAUCUCGAUGUGUUGAACUUGCAGAGCAAUUUGCUCCUAGUAAUCAUUGGUUUAUACAGACUAUGAAUAAAGUUUUUGAGCAUGCUGGAGAUCUUGUGAAUAUUAAGGUGGCACAUAAUUUAAUGCGAUUGAUUGGUGAAGGAUUUGGAGAGGAUGCUGCUACUGCAGAUAAUCAGUUGAGAUCAUCCGCUGUUGAGUCAUAUUUGCGCAUUAUUGGGGAGCCAAAGCUUCCGUCAAUGUUUCUUCAAGUAAUCUGUUGGGUUCUGGGGGAAUAUGGCACAGCUGAUGGAAAGUAUUCUGCUUCCUAUAUCACUGGGAAGUUAUGUGACAUUGCAGAGGCCUAUUCAAAUGAUGAAACUGUGAAGGCAUAUGCGAUUUCAGCAUUAACAAAAAUGUAUGCAUUUGAAAUAGCAGCUGGGAGGAAAGUUGAUAUGCUGCCUGAGUGUCAAUCCUUUGUUGAAGAAUUAUUAGCAUCCCACUCCACUGAUUUGCAGCAACGUGCAUAUGAGUUGCAAGCUCUUAUUGGUUUGGAUGCACGAGCUGUUGAAACAAUAAUGCCCCAAGAUGCAAGUUGUGAAGACAUUGAGGUUGAUACGGAUCUUGCUUUCCUCAAUGGUUAUGUACAGCAGUCUCUAGAAAGGGGUGCUCUGCCUUACAUUCCAGAGGAUGAGCGCACUGGAAUGGUGAAUGUGAGCAACUUCAGAAGCCAGGAUCAACAUGAAUCUGCUCAACAUGGUCUGAGAUUUGAGGCAUAUGAAGUUCCAAAGCCUCCAAUGCCAUCAAAAGUAGCUACAGUUUCACUUUCAUCAUCAACGGACCUUGUUCCAGUGCCUGAGACAUUGUAUUCUAGGGAGACUCACCAGAUCUCGUCAGCGGGAUUAUCAUCAGAGACAGGAUCCUCAGAGCUUAAGCUCAAGCUUGACGGUGUUCAGAAGAAAUGGGGCAGGCCAACUUAUUCAUCCCCUACAUCAUCCUCAAAUUCUACUUCCCAAAACCCAGUGAAUGGGGCAACACAGACGACGGAUGUUGCAACUGCUGUAAAUUCAAAAGUACGUGAUAACUAUGACACAAGGAAGCAACGGAUUGAAAUUUCUCCUGAAAAGCAAAAGCUUGCUGCUUCAUUGUUUGGUGGUUCAACUAAAACUGAGAAAAGAUCGUCAACUAGCAGUAAGGUUCCAAAGGCCAGUGCUAGUGUUCCAGACAGAUCUCAGGAAUCAAAAGCUGCAGUGGCACCCAGUGAAGUUGCUCAGGGGAAAACUAUUCAAUCAUCUCCUCCUCCAGAUUUGCUUGACUUGGAUGAAUCAACUAUCACUGUCGCACCUCCCUCCGUGGACCCAUUCAAGCAAUUGGAAGGGCUUCUUGACCCAAGCAUUAAUUCUACAACAAAUCAUAGUAGUGGUGUUACAAAUGCACCAGAUAUUAUGACACACUAUGCAGCGACUCCUGCAAGUAGAGAAAGUGGCAGUGGUGGCUAUUCUAUCCCUGUAACUGGGGAUAAUGUAAAUCUUUUAUCAGAGUUGUCAAAUGCAGCUGUCAGAGGUACUACUGGAGAAACAACUACGACGCCUUUGCCACAAUCUGUAAAGGGUCCGAAUGCUAAAGAUUCUUUGCAAAGGGAUGCAAAAGUCAGGCAGAUGGGUGUGACACCCACAAGUCAGAACCCCAACUUGUUCAGUGACUUGCUUGGCUAAUCUGAUUUAAAGGACAAUUCUAAAUCAUAUGAUGUUUGAGGAUAGAUUACCUUGCAACUUACUUCUCAUGGAGUUUACAGAAACAGUUGGCUAUCAUCUGAUAUAUGCAAAAUUGAAUAAUAUGAAUUAUGAUUAGGCAUGGAUGAUUUCAGCCACCCAGAAUGGGGUGAUUCCAUAACCAGGUAAAGGCUUGUACUAGUUGCAGAGUAUCUUUUAUAGAAAUUGAAUGCAUGAGGUUUUCCUCGUUGCAUCCGGGUUAUGAUCCACUCUACUCUAGACUCUGAAAGGAAAGGUACCGUUGUGCUCGGUUAUUGCAUUUUAUACUUUCAUUGGAAGUUCCAGGUCAUCCUUUUUAUGCCAAAGCUGUACUUUCACAAUUUUGUGCAUUCAUCCAUCUGUCAAUAUAAUGUUUUUUUUUCAAACAUUGAGAAGCUUGUUAAUGCGGUCAAAAUUAGUUUGAUGUAUGUCAUUUAUGUACCUGAAUAUUUUACUUAUAAACGAGGGUGAGGUCAUCUAUUCCUUUGUAGAAGACCAAUGUGUCCA